UGACCCCGCAGCCAGCGGCAAACCAGUUUCGGCGCAGAUGAGAUACACUCGCUAUUUACGGAGUUAGCAAUGUCUCUUGUAGCCAGUCUAAAAGCAUAUAUUUAUACUCAACCUGCGGCUGUCCCGAAAACCGACAAGCUUGUCUACUCCCUUACUGCUGCUUUGUCUGUUGUCGUCACGGUAGCCCAACUGACGUGGGCUGAUCUUCCAGAUUACGAUGAGGCAGAAAGUAAUAAGACAACUAUCAAACGCCAGUUUUACCAAAACUUCAUAGUGCAAGCUGUCACUUUGCUUGGAGCCCUCAAAACGUUCGAUCUCGAGUCCGUUAGUGGCCCGAACCCUCAGCUAGACAACGCCUUGCUUAAGGUCCACGAUUCAUUAGAGAACACAUGUGCCUCUUGGACAAAUGCUGAUGGAGUCAAGGCAUGCGACGCAGUAGGAGUCAAACGUCGCGCUACCGACCUAUAUCCCAAAGUGUAUGCGCUUGGGCGCCUGCAGCCUGAUGAGGGGGAAGUCAGCGACAAGAUAGCCAGGUAUGUCGCACGCCUGAUUCAUAUCUGCAGCAGCAAUGCAGAGAAGAGAAGCAAAAUCCUAUCGUCGAUCGAUGUAGCUUUCAAUGCACUGCAAAAGACAAGUUCCUUUGACGACAAUGCUGUACAUCAUUGUCCUCUACGGUUUACUGACUACCCAUUCAAACACGUGCGCCAACUUUCUGCAACGCUAUUUGGUGCUAUCGAAAAAUGCUGGAGAUGCCCCUGCAAUACGCCACUCCAUCUAAGCCGAGCCAUGAAGUUGAAUUUGACGCACUAUCAGCACUUUGAAACAGCGCCUCGCUAUGGGCAUACCAUUUCUCCAAAAACGGUGCUCUUUCGGAUCAUGUUUCCCACAAGCUUAGCGAUUCCUCAUUGGCAAGCUACGGAUGUUGCUGUCAGAGAUAUUGACUACAUUAUCGAAGCUCCCCAGCUGGUUGGAAAUAAGUUUUGCCAUAUCAUCGAGCAGGGUAGCGCUAAUAUCGUGCCUAACAUGGCAGUAUAUGAAGAGAAACUGUGGCAGCUUCAGUCCGAAUUUGACGAAUCCUGGCUAAUGAAAGUUCCCGAUCGCGAUUUCAAGACUCUCGCGCAACUUCUAGAUGAAACAUCCAGUCCGCGAACCUCAUCUAUUCGCCAUAUAGCCAUCGAAGAUCGUAUUGCGCUCGCAUUUAUCUUGGUGACAUCAUUUAUUCACCUCUUUAAUGUCCAUCACCAUGGGCUAUAUGCAAACCUUACUGCACAGAAUGUUUGCUUCUAUAUCAACCAGCAGUCUCUCAACAUCAUGAAGCCAUACCUGAACCUAAACUUUCAACAAUCGCGACCACCUGUCAGAAAUCUCAAUGCUGCACAUUGGUUCCCGGAUAUAUUGUCUCUGGGGAUACUGCUGCUCGAAUUAUUCCGUGGCAGUGCAUUAUCAUUUCCCGUUGGACAAGAUAAAUGCACAGUUGCACUGGGAGCAUAUGAUAAAUGGAAAGCUCGCCAAAAUGGAAAAGUCCCUGACGGAUGCUUCCAAGCCGUUAUCGCAUGUAUUCAACCAAAGCAACUCCGUGAAGGGGGACUAGGCAAAGCAAACAUUAAAGACAAUGAAACGCGCAAGUACAUAUUUGAGCGAAUAUUAUACCCCCUCGGAGACGUCUUAUCAACAAUUUGCAAAGUACCUUUGCAUAAAUUGCCAGAACAUACCAUGAGGGUCGCUGAUGCGGCGCCUGACGUUUCAAACGAAGAGCUGAGCAAUGAAACUCUACAGGCCAGUGCAGCAUGGCGCAAGCAUUUGAAGUCAAGCGUAUUCGAUGCAGUCUAUCAUUCUAGAUUCCAAAAGCUUCCAGAUGAGGUGCAAAAGUCGAACCGUGUCAAAGUUGCUGUGCUUGAUACAGGGCUGCAGUUGCCGGAGCAUCUGCAAGCAGCUUACAUCGAUGACGGGGCCAUCGCAUCGACGCACUGUAAGUCGUUCUGUGGUGCUGAAAUGGAUUGGAACGUGGAUAGCGAUGGACAUGGCACACGUGUUGCUGGAAUCCUUUUAGACGUUGCGCCAAAGGUCGAGCUUUACAUCGCCAAAGUAUGCCAGCGGCAGAGUGACUUUGUAAGCGGCAGCAAUGCAGCUAACACACAACGUAAUAUUGCCGAGGCAAUUAGAUAUGCAGCAACAGUUUGGGGCGUCGAUAUCAUUGUCAUGAGUUUCGGCUUUGAGCAGCGCAUCCGGUGCAUUCAUGAGGCCAUAUAUACAGCACAGCAGACAGCAAACCGUCCUCUCUUUUUCGCAGCCACACAGAAUGACGGUGCGCAUAGUGCCAUGGCAUGGCCAGCACGCGAGAUGUUUGUCUUUGGUAUUAGCGCCACGGACGGUAAUGGCGCCGCGUCUGCAUUCAACCCGGAGGAGAACAACGCGCCGGCGAUCCUCUAUGCUUUGGGUGAAGGCAUAAAGACAUAUUGCGUUCCAAAUCGAGAUAAGAAGGGGCCAGCUACCAAGGUUGUAUCGGGCACUUCGUAUGCGGCACCAGUGGCUGCUGCGUUUGCCGCCAGUUUGCUACUCUGUGUGCGCCUAGGCGUAGCCAACCUUUCCGACGAGGAAAUGGAAGAGUACGAAGACUUGCCAGAGCGGGUGCAGCGAAUGGAUGGCAUGCUCAAGGUGAUGCAGCACUGUAUGAGUAAACGGCAUCAUAGUCUGCAGAUGAGUCUGUUGCCAUGGGAUUUGCUGAAUGCAGAGGGGGUGGAAAACGGAACGAUAAUAAGCACGGUGCGGGAUCUACUUGAUAAAUCCUAACAAGAUGGCGCUAUAUUUUUGUUGGUUUUAUGAGGUAGACGCAAUCUUUGUCGAGCUCUGCGUAUCGACUUUGUUAGGCAGAACGAGGCAAUCGGCUAGCCAUAUAUUACCCUCGCUUUGCUAUCAUAGCAUAGUUCCACCCGCCCUACAAGCCUCUACAUUUAACCUGAAAGAGUAUAUAGAUUUAAAAUUUCAAGCCUUCAAAAUCAAUAUAGAUUAAAUUUGAGCCUUGGUCACGGAGGG